CUAGGCUUGUUUACCGAAAAAUGCAGUCACGUAGGCUAUUGUCGACUUCAAAAGGAGAAAAGUUGGAAGGCACCUUCCUCGGUAGUAUCGACAGUGUUAAUUGUUAUUCUUGAAGCUCCACCUCCACAUUUUAUGUUAAUUUCAACGUUAUUCUGCGCUGCGUGUGGGACUGCUUUGUAGCCUAUCUGCGGCGGUCCAAUGUAAAUAGCCUUGGACAGCCACUAACUACACUGAGGGUAAACGGUGUUUGGAGAGAACGAAAUCGUGAUUAUCUGAUUAUGUUAUGUUGACAGCCAAGGAGCGCAUGUCUGUGAAUAUUUUAUCUAACAAAACCAGAGAAGAGGAACUCACCUUGUAUUUAAACAUGGGAGGUCAGAUAACAAGACAUACCUUGUACGAUUCUCUGGGUGGCCCCUUCCCCACCACAUCCCACCGCUAUCACCAUAAGCCCACCAAGCAAUGUCUGCCCGUCCUGCAGUGUGGGAGCAGCCUGUCCUCUUUUCCCCUGCUCUUCCACCCCAGUGCCAAGGGCUCCCAGAUCAUCAUGGACGUGGCCCAGAGGACCGUCAAGAGGCAGGCCAGCUUCUGCAAUGCCAUCACCUUCAGCAACCGGUCCAUUGCCCUGUACGAGCAGGUCCGCCUCAAGAUCACUAAGAAGCAGUGCUGCUGGAGUGGAGCCCUGCGUCUGGGCUUCACCUCCAAGGACCCGUCCCGCAUCAACCCAGACAACCUGCCCAAGUAUGCCUGCCCAGAUCUGGUCUCCCAGAAUGGCUUCUGGGCCAAGGCCCUGCCCGAGGAGCUGUCCAAUGAGGGUAAUGUCAUCUCCUUCUGGGUGGACAAGAAGGGUCGUGUGUUUUACCGCAUCAAUGGCUCCAGCCCCAUGCUGUUCUUCAGCGGGGUCCAUGCCUCCGAGACACUCUGGGCUCUCAUAGAUGUCUACGGACUGACACGAGGGGUCCAGCUACUGGACAGUGAGAUGGUGCCUCUAGAAUGCCUGCGUCCUCGCUCCUUCACCACCGCCCACCGAGCAUCGCUACGGCGGGACCCAGACGACCUUUCUAUUAGCCUGUGUGACCUCAGCCUCCAGCAGCAGGAGCAGGAGGAAGAGGAGCGCCUUCACCCCCUCAGCUCCACCUCUUGUUCCAUCCCCCAGAACUCCCUCAACUCCCAGCAGUGCUCCCUGCUCCCCUCGCUCCUCGACAGCGAUCUCCACUUCCACCCGCUCCGAGGCGCCCACAUCAAGGCCCUCGAUGAGCACACGGUGUCCCGGGGCGUGGAGCAUCGCAGCGGUGAUGAGAGGACCCUGGUGUUCACCAGCCGGCCCCUGCGUUGCGGAGAGAGCGUGUUCGUGAAAGUGACUAAGACGGGUGCCACACGUCUCGGUUCACUCUCCUAUGGCGUGACGUCGUGCGACCCGGCUUGGCUUCGUCCGAGCGACCUACCAUACAGCCCGGAGUCCCUGGUCGACCGCAAGGAAUUCUGGGCGGUGUGUCGGGUGGGGGCACCCCUGCAGAGUGGUGACAUCCUGGGUUUCGUGGUGAACGCGGAGGGGGAGGUGUUUCUGAGCCACAAUGGAAUCAACGCAGGGAUGCAGGUGUGUGUGGACAACUCCAGACCUCUGUGGAUGUUCUUCGGUCUGCAUGGAGCCGUCACACAACUCAAGAUCCUAGGCUCGUCUCUGAAUGCAGACCCUCGGGGACUGUCAAUUCCCAGCUCCCCCAACACCCCCACUCUGCGUUGCAGCGUCAGCUCCGAGCCCAACUUCAAUUCCAACCUGAACAUCAACCUCAACACCAGCCUCAACGCCAGCAACCCACCAGCCUUCAGCAGCUCCACAGGUACGAGCCCCAGCUCGCCAUUCUCCAGCCACUCGGAAUCCCCCACCUUCCCAUCAUGCUCUGGCUCGUGGAGUGACGAGUGCACCAUCUGCUAUGAGAACGUGGUGGACACAGUGCUGUACGCCUGUGGUCACAUGUGUCUCUGCUACGCCUGUGGCCUCAAACUGAAGAAGAUGGCCAAUGCCAGCUGCCCGAUCUGCAGGAGGACAAUCAAAGACAUUAUAAAGACCUACCGGAGCACGUAGGAUCUGCCUGGCUGUGUAACAUCAAGGCUCAUUCAUCAAAGAAACCAUUGAGACGUAUUGGAGCAUGUACGUUUGGCCUGACUGUCUCAAUAUUGCUCAGCAACAUUAUGAGAUUCAGCAUCAUGCAGUUGGACCAUCAAAGAUAUCAGAAAAACAUGUUGGGAUAUGAAUACAUUGUAAAGAUCAACAGGAAGAGGUAAUGCUGGCCUCCAGUGUGUCACUGUGGCCCAGAUACUGGAUUGGGUUCAACCACCAUGGAGCUGGACUUAACCAGGAGGGAUCUGGCUCAAUCUCUGCAGAACAAUCAUCAUUCAUUCCACUGAUGUUUCAGAGACAUUAAUCUCUCCAGAGCCUUGAAGGCAGCAAGGGGAAUUAUCUAUAUAUGGUUUUAUCAGCACCCUGGACCUAUCAUUCAGAAUGUUGCAGUUAUAAAUGUAUUGUACAGCACAUCAUUCAAUAUCAUUAAAGAUGGAGAAUUGUGUCUGUUA